GGAAUGGACAGCAAAGGGAGCUCCUUGCCUUCCAUGCCCGAGCCGGCCAACCCCGUCAGCAUGAAGCAGCCGCCGGAGUCUCGCGGCGACCCCUCCCUGCUCAUGGACCAGGCCGCCGCGCAACUGGCCGCCACGUUGCAGGACGGCGUGCUCCAGAAGAUGUCCGGCCACGGCCACGAGAGGCUGAAGGACCUCACGUCUCUGGUGCUCAACAGCGAUCAGGACGCCAUCCCCAAGCUGUGCGCCGCCGAGACGCCGGUCCUCAAGGGUGCCGAAGCGCCCCCUUCCAACGGAACCCAUCAGCACACGUGCGCUGCGCACGGCGAGCCGGAGCUAAAGGUGACCGUACCCCAGGUGGUCAAGGCGCCGCUCUUUGAGCCGUGCUCGGCCGGCGGGACCAGCUUGUCCGCCGUCGUCGCCGUUGUCCAAGGUGCGGCGGCGUCGGUGCCUGAGGAAAGACAGGAAGUGAAGAAGCGGCGGGGUAGAUCCCAGAAACCAAAAGCUCGACCCGCCCUCGGCUCUUCCGCCCUACCCGAAGAUGCUCUCGGUCCUGCUUUGGAGGCGGCGGAUGAGUCGCAAGCCACGGUCCGCAGAGAGCUUCCGCAGCAUCAGAAGGAUCUCAUUGUUCAAAGGUAUCGGUCAGGAGAAGGGUACAAAAGAAUUUCCAAGGCCUUAAAUAUGCCGUGGAACACAGUGAAGACAGUCGUCGUCAAGUGGAGAAAGUAUGGCACAACGGUGACACUGCCGAGAACUGGACGCCCCUCCAAAAUCAAUGAAAAGAUGACAAGAAAACUGGUCAGGGAGGCUGCCGAGAGGCCGACGGAAACACUGAAGGAGCGGCAGGAACUUCUGCCCGCAGUCGUCUCUGAGCCGUCGCCAGUUGCCACGGAAGCGCCGUCUUUGCCGAGCAGCUUCUCCGUUGGCGACGUGGUCUGGACCAAGGUGUCGGGGUACCCCUGGUGGCCCUGUAUCGUCACCACCGACCCCGAACGGAACCACCACGUCAAACCCAAACCCAACGCUAAAAGUAGGUCGGGCUUCCUUUAUCACGUGCAGUAUUUUGGAGAUGCUCCUGAGAGGGGCUACAUUUUUGAGAAGAACAUGGUGUCCUUUGCUCGAGAAAGCCAGUACCAGGAGCUCAGCCUGCGCAACAAGCAGCCGGCCUCACACGUCCUUCACAAAAAGACGCUUCCUUCCGUGCCCCGUAAAAUGCGACCGCAGUGGAAGAUGGGCGUCAUCCAGGCCACCGAGGCGCUGGCCAUGUCGCUGGAUGACCGCCUGGCCAACUUCAUCUUCAUGUACGACGAUAACGGGCCCCACCUCAACCCCUGCAUCCUGGACAAGCUCAAGCCGGAGUCCAGCGCGGAGGCGGAGGCCCGGCUCUCGAUGGGCGUGGCCGCGGCCAAAGACGGGGAACCGGCGGUACCCGUCAAGAAGAAGCCGAGACCCAAACAAGGCGGCUCCCCUCUAAAGACGGACGGAAGGAGGAAAACGUUAACGGGUCCCGCCAAGAAGAGGACGUUGGGAGAAGGUUCGCCUCCGGGUAAGAAAGGGCUGAAGCAAAUCGCCAAAAGGACCACCGAGUUAGACGCGGCAGUGGAACGGCAGCCCAAAAAGAGACGAAAAAAUGACCAGGCCUGGAUGGUGGCGGAAGCCCGCCGGAAGCCCGGCACGAGGAGCUGGAAAGCGGACAAAGAAGGGAAAGAAACCAAGCGAGGACUAAAAAAGCAUCACGCGCUACUUGCAGAUGAGCAAGAGGCGGAGGAACCAAAGCGCAAAAGGAAGCGGAAGCAGGACGGAGAGAACCUCGGAGAGCCCGUCAAGACCAAAAAAAGACGCUCCUUCCUUUGUCCUGAACCUGAGGGGUCCGGAAGCGAAGGGUGCCCCGAUUCGCCGGGCGACAGCCUGGACGGGAUGAAAAAAGGAGAGCGCAAGAAAGAGUUCGCCUGCCAGGCGUGCGAGCAGGCGGGCGAGGACCUGGUCCCCUGCGAAGGGCAGUGCGGCGGCAUGUUCCAUCUCCACUGUCUGGGCGGAAGCUUCGAGCCGGACGACAAGCUGCUGUGUCGGCCGUGCAGCACGGGGGUUCACCCGUGCUUCACGUGCAAGCAGUCGGACGGCGACGUGCGCCGCUGCCACGUGGCACACUGUGGCAAAUUCUACCACGAGGUGUGCGCCCGCCUCAGCCCGCUCACCGUGUUUGACAACAAAGGUUUGCGCUGCCCGCUGCACACCUGCCUCAGCUGCCACUACGGCUGCCGCACGCAGCACAAGUCCACCAAAGGGCGGUUGAUGCGCUGCCUGCGCUGCCCGGUGGCCUACCACGUGGGCGACCAGUGCGUGGCGGCGGGCAGCGAGAUGAUCACCAACACCGCCAUCGUCUGCACCAACCAUUUCAACGCCAAGAAGGGAUACAGCCACCACAGUCACGUCAAUGUCAGCUGGUGCUUCGUCUGCUCCAAAGGAGGUCAGCUGCUGUGCUGCGAGUCUUGUCCCGCCGCCUUCCACCCCGACUGCCUGAACAUCGCCAUGCCCGACGGCAGCUGGUUCUGCAACGACUGCCGCGCGGGCAAGAAGCCCAAAUACCGGGACAUCAUCUGGGUCAAACUGGGAACUUACCGAUGGUGGCCCGCAGAGAUCCAGCACCCCCGCAACAUUCCCACCAACAUCCAGCACCUUCGCCACCAGAUCGGCGAGUUCCCGGUCUUCUUCUUCGGCUCCAAGGACUACUUCUGGACCCACCAGGGCCGCGUCUUCCCCUACAUGGAGGGCGACCGGGGAAGCAAAUACCAGAAAAACGGCAUCGGGAAAGUCUUUAAGACGGCGUUGCUAGAGGCUGAAUCUCGAUUCAAGGAGAUGAAGAUGAAGCGGGAGGCCAAGGAAGCGCAGGAGAAAAAUCGGAAACCGCCCCCGUACAAAUUUAUCAAGGUCAACAAAGCGGUGGGCAAGGUGCAGGUGUACGCGGCCGACGUGUCGGAGAUCCCCAAGUGCAACUGCAAGCCGUCGGUGGAGCGUCCGUGCGGCUUUGAGUCGGAGUGCCUGAACCGCAUGCUGCAGUACGAGUGCCACCCGCAGGUGUGUCCCAGCGGCGAGCGCUGCUGCAACCAGGACUUCACCAAGCGCCUCUACCCGGACACCAAGAUCAUCAAGACGCCCGGCAAGGGCUGGGGACUCGUCGCCCUGCGCGACAUCAAGAAGGGAGAGUUUGUGAACGAGUACGUCGGCGAGCUGAUAGACGAGGACGAAUGCCGGGCCAGGAUCAAACACGCUCACGAGAACAACAUCACCGACUUCUACAUGCUAACGAUUGACAAGGACCGAAUCAUCGACGCCGGUCCCAAGGGGAACUUCUCUCGCUUCAUGAACCACAGCUGUCAGCCCAACUGCGAGACGCAGAAGUGGACCGUCAACGGAGACACGCGCGUCGGACUGUUCGCUGUCUGCGACAUCACAGCGGGCACCGAGCUGACGUUCAACUACAACUUGGACUGUUUGGGCAACGAAAAGACGGUGUGUCGCUGCGGCGCCCCCAACUGCAGCGGCUUCCUGGGAGAUCGUCCCAAGAACUCCAACGGUCAGGCGGCCGAUCCCAAAGGCAAGAGGCUGAAACGCAAGUACAGGAAGCGGCGGACGGAGGGCAAGAAGUCGGACGACGAGUGUUUCCGCUGCGGCGACGGAGGACAGCUGGUCAUCUGCGGAAAGAAGACGUGCACCAAAGCUUUCCACCUGUCGUGCCUCAACCUCUCCAAGAGGCCUUUUGGUCGCUGGGACUGCCCGUGGCACCACUGCGACGUCUGCGGCAAGAACUCCGACGCCUUCUGCCAGCUGUGCCCCAACUCUUUCUGCAAGGCCCACCAGGAGGGGGCGCUGCGUGCCUGGCCGCCCACCGGCCAACUGUGCUGCCUGGAGCACGACGAGCACCAGGAUGCCGCCCUCUCCGCCGUCCUUGCCGCCGCUGCCGCCGCCCGUCCCAAGUGCCCCGGGAAGGCCCAAGUCAAGAACGCCAAGAGGAAAGCGGCCGAAGCUUAAAAAGUAGAAAGAAAACAAACGCGUUAAAUCUCGGCCAUCAGGGAACGAGCUCGUCGAUGACACUUUUUCUGUUUUUUUUUCCCCCUUUUGUCCUCCUGCACUGACCUAUCCACUUCCUGUCCUGGAAAAUUUCCACCAAACUGCCUUUUUUGUUUGUUUGUUUGUUUUUUUUAAUUGUAAACCUCUUUAGGGUUAGUCAAGGCUCAUACUCGAGUCCCCUUCACUUUUAGUUUCCAUUAAAACCAAAAAGUAGCGGUAAAAAUAAAUUAGCAGGGCUUGUCUGACGUGUUGCCAAAUGUAUUUUUUAUUCUAAUAUAUAGCGUAUAAAUAGUAAAUAUAUAUUUGUACAUCCCAGGAAUGACUACCUUGUACUGUACUUAGUCCAGUAGUGUCCCUCACUUUGUUUUUUUUUUUUUUUUUGGGGUGAUAAUAUCCAACAGGAGAUCAUAGCAAUGAUAGAUCACGUUGGGAGAGGGGCGCGUGUGCCCUGUGACAAACACUACUGAGACGUUGAAGGGUUCCAAGCACAUUUUGUACUCUUCAUUUGGAUCAUAACUUCUAGUUUCUUGUCUGUAAUUUAAAAAAAAAAAGAAGAGGAAUUCCUGAAUCCUAAAACGGCAGCAAAAGUCUUUUCAAGGACUCGGUGCUUGCUUGCACUUUAAGUCCAUGAAAGACGAGAAAAAUCGGUGCUUGAAUACACCCCGAAUCACGAAAAGGCGGCUUUUGUCCACUGUUCUUUAGCCUGUGCUUGAAGGCGCGCGCUGAAAAAGUGGCUUCUGUUCGUUCGAAGGAAUCGCUGCUCCAAUGCACAGCGGGAUAUAAAAAGGUGGCUUUUGUCUAGUUCUUGUUUUUUUUUUCUCUCUCUUAUUUAUUUCACCAACUUUGUCCCAAUGAAAUCAAAAACCUUUUUUUUUUUCUCUUUUUUGUGGGGGAGAGAGAGAUCUAGUCUCAUAAGAGUGGAUCAGUCGAAAAUGCAGGUUGGAUAAUCCAAAUGCAGUUUUAAGUUUGUUCGGAGGAAGUCAGUACUCAAAUGUACCCAGACUUCAGUUGGCUUUAAUAGAGGACCCCCGUCCCCCUCCACCCCGUCCCCCUCCCGCGCUGAUGUUAUGAAGUCCACCAUCAAAUUAACCUUUUUACUUUAUUACAUGUCUGCCCCCCACCCCAGAGGAAAAGUCUUGUUUGACCUCUCCUGAUUGUGACCUCGGAACUGUGUGCCUAAUUUCCUACGGUGCCUGAACGCAUCCUGGCCAAGUGCGGAAAUGUAUUUUUUGGGGGAGCGUUUUCUGACCAUCGUUUGCGCGAACGUUUUGUGUGUGUGUGUGUGUGUCGAAUGUAGUGUAUUGUUGUGAGGUGAGCACUGUUUAACUGGCUUGUAACUACUGUCCCUCUGAAACCACAGACUAAUAUGUACAUACUGUAUAAGUGCCCAUAGUGAUGCCUUCUAUUGUAAAUAUACCAUCGUUUUUCCUC